AGAAAUGCGAUUAAAGUACCGAUAUAAUGAGCUAUGAUUGCAAAGUUGACUUGGAGGGAAUCAACAACACGCAUCUGACAAGCAACAGGGAUACAAUACUCAACACUGCUGGCUACAUUAUAGACCCCCUACCUUCAGGCGCUAAAGAUGACAUAAUCAGUAGUGGCCCCUCCUCCUCCUCCUCAACCAGCAUUUCGUCACAAUCGUCAACACAUUUGGCUACACUUCAUGAGACAGAGCUAAAGGAUAGAGUUGCCAUAAUAACAUCAGGAUGCGAAGAUGGAGAGAAAACAAGGGAAAUGAAGAUGAGAUCUUGUUGGGAAUGUUGUAAAAACACGUACUAUGCAACUUUGUGUGCUCUACUUAUUCUGAUUGGGUGUCCCAUGGCCGCCGUCGGGUCCCAGGAAGGAGUAAACUGGGCUCUAUACCCUGGUAUAGUCAUGGUACUAUGUGCCUUCCUAAUCGCCCUUAUAGCUCCUAAUGUCCGACAUUUGGUAAAGUUCGCCGCUCGGCACAGGCUCGGGGAGCAUGCUAGGGGUUUCAGUCUUCGAACGAAGCGAGCAAAGAUACAAGUAAAAGAAUCUUCACUCCCAACGUGAAUGCCACCAUAAAAAUGAAAGUGAUGUCGAAAUUCGAAACUGAUCAGCUGAGAAAGAACGCAAAAAUGAAAAGGUUAUCUUAUUGAUUCAUCAUGAUGACUGUCAAAGUUCCAAACCGUUUUAAAAGCCUCCGGAGGUGGAAUGAAAAAUUCGAAACACGCGCUGCCACGAUCGAUCGUUUAUAGCAAUUUAUUAAGUUGGAUGCAAAUAGUCUUGAUACUCCACUGCAUGUGAGAUCUUUUGUUAUUGCGAAGUAAAUUUUGUAUUUGUAUAGAUUUAUUCUACAUAUUUUUUGGAUAACAAUGUGUAAUCACUC